AUGGGUGCGGAGACUUGGAGCUUGACGGCGAAGCCGUGUGAUUCAUGCAAAUCGACGUCGGCCAGCGUGUUCUGCCGUGCUGACUCGGCGUUCCUUUGCAUGGGAUGCGAUUCCAAGAUCCACGCCGCCAACAAGCUGGCUUCCCGGCACGGCCGGGUCUGGGUUUGCGAAGUCUGCGAGCAAGCUCCGGCGAUAGUGACGUGCAAGGCGGACGCGGCGGCGCUCUGUGCCGCCUGCGACCGCGACAUCCACUCCGCGAACCCGCUCGCCCGGCGCCACGAGCGGCUUCCGGUGGUCCCUUUCUUCGACUCCGCCGCAGCAGCCAGAUGUAACGGGUCAUCUUCCGAGGAGAAAUGUUUCCUGGAUGUUAGCAGCGAGGCGGAGGAAGCGGAAGCGGCGUCGUGGUUGUUGCCGAAUCCCAAGGACACGGUGGAGCCGGAUAGUCCGGAGUAUAAAACUGCGGAUUAUUUGUUUAGCGAUAUGGAUCCAUAUUUGGACAUAAACAUGAUAUCCGGCGACCAGAAGCCGAAUAUCGGGCAUUAUCAACACCAUGACCACCUCCACCAGAACACCGACGGGGUUGUGCCCGUCCAGAGCAAAAACGAUCCGACCCAUUUCCAAGGCCCGGUGGUGGAUGGAUUCCCUACAUAUGACAUGGAUUUUACUGGAUCUAAACCCUACAUGUACAACUUCAGCUCUCAAUCCAUCAGCCAAAGUGUUUCUUCGUCUUCCAUGGAAGUAGGUGUGGUCCCAGACCAUAACGCCAUGGCUGACGUUUCAACCAACUUCGGAAGGAGUGACAGUAUUCCGAGCGCAAUCUCAGGGGUUGAUAGAGAGGCAAGAGUAUUGAGGUACAGGGAGAAAAGGAAGAACAGGAAGUUCGAGAAGACGAUCCGGUAUGCAUCCAGGAAGGCUUAUGCGGAAACCCGACCCAGAAUUAAAGGAAGGUUUGCAAAGCGGACGGAAGUGGAAAUCGAGUCACUCCUGUCGGCGGACGCCUCCUAUGGUGUAGUUCCGAGUUUCUAG